AUGCAAGAAAAGAGAUGGAACAAGCAGGAUGACAUCCCCCUCACUAAAGAUGUGAUCACUCUGAGGGAUCAUCUGAGGAUGAUAGAAGAUAAAGCAAAGGAGGAACUAACAAAGGCUAAGCUAAGUUUAACAGCCUACAAGACAUUGAAUGAGACGGUUCUGGCACAGGUCAUCAUCUUCAAUAAACGGCGUGAAGGGGAAGCAUCACGCUUGUCUCUUGACAUCUACAAGACAGUAAGCAUAAGUCCGAUAAACAAAGACAUUUAUGAAACACUGUCACCCCUAGAAAAAGAGCUCAGCAAGCUCCUGACGCGCAUAGAGGUCAGAGGAAAAAGAGACAGGAAGAUGACUGCUCUGACCUCCUCUCUACUGAAAAGAGACCCGACCCCUGCAGAGAGGAUGGGACCUCAGAUAUCGAUGAUGCGGGUCUUGACCAAAGCACUGAAGGUUGGAGUUCAUCUGCAGAUGGUGCUCGACAUGGGUGACAGCCUCACCGUUCCAGACGAGUUCACAGAGGAGGAGAAGAUGACUGGUGUGUGGUGGAAGCAGCUGACGUCGGGGGCGAUGGCGGGCGCCGUGUCGUGCACAGCCACCGCCCCGCUGGACAGAAUGAAGGUCUUUAUGCAGGCUCAUGAGCUGAAACAAAACAAAAUCAGCCUGGUUGGUAGUUUCAAGCAAAUGUUAAAAGAAGGAGGUCCGACUUCUCUGUGGAGAGGAAAUGGCAUCAACGUCCUGAAGAUAGCCCCUGAGACGGCCAUUAAGUUCAUGGCCCAUGAGCAGUAUAAGAAGCUGUUGGCCAAUGACGCAGGGAAGAUCCAGACCCAUGAAAGGUUUCUGGCUGGAUCUCUGGCUGGAGCCACAGCGCAGACUGCUGUCUACCCCAUGGAGGUGCUGAAAACCAGGCUGACCUUGAGGAAGACUGGGCAGUACUCCGGCAUGUACGACUGUGCCAAGAAAAUCCUCAAGAGGGAAGGAGUGAAGGCAUUUUACAAGGGCUACGUUCCAAACAUGCUGGGCAUCAUUCCCUACGCUGGAAUCGAGCUGACUGUGUAUGAGAGCUUGAAGAACUUCUGGCUGUCCCACGAUGCCAAAGACACGGCCAACCCUGGAAGUUUUGUGCUGCUGGGCUGCGGUACCAUCUCCAGCACCUGCGGCCAGCUGGCCAGCUACCCUCUGGCUCUGGUCCGCACCAGGAUGCAGACGCAAGCAUCUGUUGAAGGCUCGGAGCAGCUGCCAAUGGGCCGUUUGGUGAAGAUUUUGGAAAAGGAAGGCUUCUUUGGACUCUACCGUGGCAUCCUGCUCAACCUCAUGAAAGUCAUAGCAGCAGUCAGCAUUAGCUACGUGGUAUAUGAGUACAUGUGCUCUGGCCUGGGUAUUCAGAAGUAGGGAUGGAGUCAUGUCUG